AUGGCUUCUACUCUGAUCGAAGCCUGCAGAAAAAGGAGGAGAACACAAAGGCCGUUCCGGUUCGAGGAGUUCGCGAUGCCGGGCACCAUUGAUGGCCUGAGCGGUGCUUUCAGAGAGAACAUCCGGUUUUUUCUCCAGGAAUUCGCGGUGCUUGAAGACUACAUUGUUGCCGGGAUGCCUCUCUGGUCCACUUGGUUCAUCACCGCCAGUAACGGAGCCGUGUUCCCUCUCUACACCAUUGAAGAAACCGUUCAGCACUCUCCCGAGCCCUUCUGCGAUCAUUGCAAAUUCGCAGGUUGGGGUCACCAUUAUGUGUCAAAGAGACGGUACCACUUGAUAAUUCCAGCGAAUGCUAACUGGGAAAAACCGUUGACCAGCAAUUGUUUGGAAAUUGGGAGUCAUAUACUGCACGCCUUGAUUCACUGCAAUGGGUAUGGUCAUUUGCUAUGCAUCAAUGGUGUUCGAGAGGACUCACAUUCUCUGCGAGCAACUCAUUUCAUGGACUUCUGGGAUCGCCUUUGCACUGCCCUGAAAACCAGGAAAGUCUCUGUGUUUGAUGUUUCGAUGAAGGGAGGGAUGGAACUGAGACUACUUCAUGGUGUCACUUAUGGGAUGUCUUGGUUUGGGAAGUGGGGUUACAAGUUUAACCGCGGAAGCUUUGGGGUAACAGAACAGAAAUACAAGAUUGCAAUUGACUAUCUGCAGUCAUUAGGCCUUGAUAAGAUCCUCAAUGAUUUCAAGAAAUCUCAUUCAGGAAGAAGGAAAAUCAAGCAAGUUAUUGACAAGUACAGAGAAAUGAGUGAAAACCCAUUGAUUACAAUCAGUGAGCUCUUGCAAUUCAUGCUUUCUCUCAAGUGCAGAGCUUCAAAUCAGAACAAAACCAAACUGGCUGAAGCUUAUCAUUGUUGUAGUUCUAAAUCCAAUUCACAGGACAAUGAUGCUAAUCCUAUGAAUGCAAAGACAUUCCUGAAUAUGCUAGUUAAGAGUGAUUGCAGGUGGCCUGCCAGGAGGCUAGAGUUUGUGCUGGUUGUAAUUGUGGAUUUGCUGAAAGAAAAGAAGGCAAAUGAUAGCAGCGGAAAUGCUAGCAUGAUGACUAGGCAAGAGCUGAGAGAUGCUGCAAGAAAAUGUAUUGGUGACACUGGUUUGAUUGAUUUUGUGCUCAAAUCCAUCAGAUGCUUUGCAUUGGGCACUCAUAUUGUUCGCCGAACAACCAAUCCAACCACUAAGUUAUUGGAAUUCACCAUCGAUGAAGCUGCUAAGGAAACAACAGAAGUAGCAAGGUUUCCAUUUUUAGAUGAAAAUAAUGAGUGCAGAUGGGAUGAAGGAAGGCUAAAACAGGCAGCAGAAGCUAUAGUUGAUAUCCUGAAAACACAUAAUGGCGAUGGUUCUAUGUCAAGGCAAGAGCUCCGGGACAAGGUUAAAGAUCGCGUUUGUGACACUGGACUCAUAGAUUUUUUGCUGAAAUCAAUGAACAACUCUGUGGUUGGGAAUCAAGUUGUUUAUCGUUCAAGAAACCCUUUAACAAAGAGGAUUGAAUUCCUUAUUCAUGAUUUUGAAGACAGCAGCAGAGGUGAAGAAAGCAUUGAUAUUUAUGCAGAUGUUAAGUUGUUAUAUGAUAAUGUGCUGCUUGGUUACCCCGGGUUGAAUUCAGUCAUUUCUGCAACUCAGGUUAUCUUGGACAGCAAGCAGUUUGUGAAGGAAUGGGUACCUCAGGAUCAAGAAAACAGGAUGGAAAACAUGUCAUUGACAUGCCAACUCUUACCAAGUUUCCAUGAGUUAGAGACUGAAUUGACUCGGCCAUUGUCACCCGGUGAAGUGGUAGUAGUCCCAGGAUGCAUCACAAUAGGAGAGCUAAAAAAAGUGGCACAAUCUGCACUAAGGGAUACCUACUGCAUCAUGGAGAACUUUGUGGUAAAGCAAAUUGGGGGCUUGAGGGGGAUUGAGGAUGAGAGGGUACUAAUGUGCACUGUGAGUUCUGAUGCACGUGUUUGGGUGAGGGGGUGUGGGUUGGACUUGGGCACUGAGAUGAGGUAUCAAGAUGGGGCCCAUAAUUCAAAGGUGGAAUGUGUGUGUGGGACCAAAGAGGAUGAUGGGGAGAGGAUGGUGGAGUGUGAUGCUUGCCAAGCAUGGCAACACACAAGGUGCUGUGGCAUUGAUGAUGAUGAGGAUGCACCUUCUGUGUUUCUUUGUGGGACUUGUGGUGGAAAGUGGUGAUUUAUUCAUUGAAGUUAAGAUAGGAUUGAAGAAGAGACUAAGAGGAUCUUUGAAAGUAAUUAAGAUUUAUUUUUUGCUGUGGAAACAGGAUUCAGUUGACUAAAGUAUAAUGAUUUAUAUUUCUAUUUGUUAAUUGUCUUGUUAUUGUAGAGCAAGUGUAAUCAUUGUUCUUUGUAAGUAACCAUAUGAAAUGUCUUAAUGAAAUGUUUACACCAUAUUAUU